AUGCGGGCCCCCUCUCGGAAAAAAGCUUGUCAAGAAUGCACCGCCUCCAAAGUCCGCUGCACCCAUGAGAAACCCGCCUGCGUUCGAUGUCGGGAUCGAGGUAAACAAUGCCGAUACACGGGCGACAGAGCCUACAACGCGCAAGAUGGUAGUUCUGCUACGAGCAGCAACCCUGAUACUUCCGCUGCAAACAGUGUCUGCAAUUUCUCCACGCCGGGUCCCUCGGUAGGCUUUAUCUCGCCACAGAGCCCGGGGAUUUUCAACUUGCAUGUCUCGCCAACGCCCCAAAAUACCUUCAUCCAAACUGCUGCGCAUAAGAUGAACCUGGAGUUUGAGAAUAUAUCCCUUCACCCCAUGCUCCAUGCCGAAGAAAUUCGUGACCGCUGGUUGAGGCCCUAUGUCAUGACCGCCACGGGACAAGUGCCCAAGCUUUUCCACCCAUUCACUGUGCAAUACCUCACAUGUGUUUUGAGGUCUUACCCGAACCAUCUUCUGGAUGGCAACAGCAUGCCGCCCUUCAUUCACCCAAUGCAACUUGCUCGGCAGCCUAUUCCCCCGGCGUUGGCGAAUUGCUCGUCUCUCGUACGCAUGUGGAUGAACAGAGCGCCCGGAAGUGAGGGGCUCGUGUUUUCAACUGUGAAAAGGGAAAUGGACCGACUAAUUGCCGAAACACCCAUCAUUGGUGAUUUUGACCUUCUCUGCUCAUUCCAAGCUCUCCUAAUCUACAUGCUGAUGGCAUACUUCUUUCCCAUCGACGAUACUUCCCUCUUGGAAGACAACGAUAUCAUCGCACUCCAAGAGAUUGCCUUUUACUCCGCCAAAAGAGGCCUUGCCUGCGAGGCAGAAGUCUCCAGAACACGACCGAGCUGGGAAUGCUGGAUCGUGGCCUCUGCCAAACGACGCACUGUACUCACUAUGUAUCUCUUCACCAGCAUCUACAAUGCUUCGAAAGGCUUGCCGAACUUUGUAGCGGAAGAGCUGAAAGAGGUCCUGGUUCCUGAGAGUAAGGCUCUGUGGCAAGCAUCUGACCGGGCUUCGUGGACGACGAAGUAUGACCGGCAUCUGUCGAAGUGGGAAGAUGGGAUGCUGACACUCUCUGAGUUGUGGAGGUCUCCCGAGACAGGCUCAGAGACGAGACGAGAGAGAAUUGAGCGGUGGGUACAAUCGGCGGAUGAGUUUGGAAUGAUGCUCUUUGCCGUGUGUGCCCAUCUUCAUGGGUGUUGA